ACAGGCUCGGUUGAGUCGUCGGGUUGAGGAGGAGUGCGGUUGGAGAGAGGGUCGUGGCCGCGAUGAUCUGACAGAUGAAAUAACGAAAUAAAGAAAGAGACGGCGGGCGUCCUCCCACACACAACAAUGUUCCCCAAAGGAAAAGGCACCCCGGUGCCGUCGGACGGCCAAGCGAGAGAAAAGUUGGCCCUAUACGUCUAUGAGUAUUUGUUGCACAUAGGAGCACAGAAGUCUGCACAGACCUUUUUAUCAGAGAUCCGAUGGGAGAAAAACAUAACACUUGGAGAGCCCCCUGGAUUCCUACAUUCCUGGUGGUGUGUAUUCUGGGACUUGUAUUGUGCUGCGCCGGAGAGGAGAGAGACAUGUGACCACUCCAGCGAAGCCAAAGCUUUCCAUGAUUAUAGUGCAGCAGCAGCUCCCAGCCCUGUGAUGGGAGGGAUGCCCCCCGGUGAGGGCAUGCCAGGAGGACCAAUGCCACCUGGCCUUUUCCAGGGUCUUCCUGGUCCCCAGGGCUCUCCUCACCCUCAGCCUCCUCCUCCUAACAGUAUGAUGGGACCUCACAGUCAGUCUUUUAUGUCACCUCGGUUUGCUGGAGGCCCGAGAGGUCCCCCCAUCCGGAUGAGCAACCAGCCACCUGGUGGGGGCCCAGGUCCGCAUCCUAUGCUGCCCAAUAUGGAUCCCACCCGACCACAAGGCCAUCCAAAUUUGGGGCCAAUGCAGAGAAUGACUGGCCCUCGAGGCAUGGGACCCAUGGGGCCUGGCCCUCAGAACUUUGGCGGUGGGAUGAGGCCUCCACACAACACUAUGGGCCCCGCUAUGCCAGGAGUGAACAUGGGCCCAGGGACAGGUCGGCCAUGGCCCAAUCCCAACAAUGCCAACUCUAUGCCUUACUCAUCACCCUCUCCUGGCGCAUACGGGGGGGCAUCUGGAGGUGGAGGCCCUCCAGGGACUCCCAUCAUGCCCAGCCCUGCAGAUUCAAACAACUCUGGAGACAAUUUGUACACAAUGAUAAACACUGGACCUGGAAACCGAAAUAACUUCCCCAUGGGUCCUGGCUCUGAUGGGCCCCUGGGAGCCAUGGCUGGGAUGGAACCACACCACAUGAAUGGAUCACUAGGCUCUGGUGAUAUGGAUGGAAUGAACAAGAAUUCCCCAAACAAUUUAAGUGGCAUUAGCAAUCCUCCUGGGACCCCGAGGGAUGACGGGGAGCUAAGCGGAAACUUCCUCCACUCUUUUCAGAGCGAGAACUACUCUCCAACCAUGACGAUGAGCGUGUGACCUUCCCGCCCCUCUCUCCACUCCACAUCAUUUGCCAUCAUUCCGAGGAUCUGAACUCUCUAUAGGACAUGGCCAAACACAUCAGCACCGAAUCAGGGACAGGCGCCAUUUUGGUUCCACACUAAUGCCAGAAUGCUGAUUGGAGAAAAAUGUAAAUGGCUGGCGACUACUGCUCCUUGCUCAAAAAUGAAGGACAAUUUAUCCAUUUAUCAUGACCCCCACCCCCCACCCCCAAAAGUGUGACAAAAACCAGCUACUGAAAUGCAUACAUGACACGUUUUUAUGUUCUCCGCAAAACCUCCCUAUCCUCUGUUCUAUCAACCUCUUUAGAGAAAAAAAAAAACAUGGUUGAAGUUUACCUCUUGUACUUUUUAUUGAAUUGCUUUGUGGUGCAAGAUGUGCAGGAAAU